UACAGCAAAAGAAGUAAAAAUAUGCGGCAGUACAAGAAGCGGUGGCGAGGUUUGCUGCUCGGCGGACAUGGAAUCUAGACUGCAUUCGCGAACACGUGACAAGCACGACAAAGCCACCAAAGAAACUCUCCAGAGACUUCACCUGAAUCUGGCCAAAAGCGUGGACAAGGUUCACAAUUUCUUCGAUAAUCUAAUGGCAAUCACCAAGAUAACCUUGCACGACAUGUUCAAGAAGACUUACGGUGCCAUUUAUGAACAAAACGCUUACGUGUUUGCGGACUUUUUUAAGGAUCUGGAGAAUUAUUACACGAAGGGAACGGUGGAUCUCGACGACGCUAUGGACAAUUUCUUUGUUACCCUCUACCAAAAAAUGUUUGCCGAACUCAACCGUCAGUACAUUUUGGACGCUAAGUUUCUAGAAUGUGUGAGCGAACAUAUGAAGGAAAUGCGACCGUUCGAGGACGUGCCGCAGAAAUUAACUGUGCAAAUUAAACGAUCCUUCGUGGCCACAAGAGCAUUCAGCCAAGCGCUCACCGUCGCCGCAAAUGUGCUGAAAAAUAUGCAAUCGCUCAAACCAUCGGCGGAUUGCGCAGCUGCCCUUACCAGAAUGACAGUCUGUCCGUCCUGCAGCGGUAUACCAGACAACGUGCUGGCGUGCGGCGACAUGUGCGCCAACGUAAUGAAGGGUUGCUUGGCGCAACACGCGGCACUCGACGCUGAAUGGAAUCACUUCGUCGAGGCCGUAGACAAGGUCGCUGAUCGGCUGAUGGGACCGUUCAACAUCGAGGUGUUGAUUCGUCCAAUCAAUCUGAAAAUCUCCGAGGCGAUUAUGAAUUACCAAGAAAAUAGUGUCGACGUGUCGAAUCGGGUGUUCGCCGGAUGCGGCAAACCGAUGUUGGGCAGACGUAGGCGUAGGAACACUCGCGAGCUCGAGUUGGAGUCCUUGAACUUCGAUCAGGACACAUCGGAAGAUCGUGAGACCGGCACGCAACAGUUGGAGAAACUGGUAAAAGAUAUACGUCAGCGAGUACGCGACUCUAGACAAUUCUGGGUCUACUUGCCUUACAAAUUGUGCAACGACGGUCUGGUGGUGCCACCCAGCAACACAAAGGAAUGUUGGAACGGCACGCACGUAGACAAAUACUUAUACCCGGUAUCCUCGGACGGUGAAGCUCAGCCGUUGAAUCCGGAGGUACGCAGCACAGGACCAAGACCGACCAUCGUGAGAGAUCAGAUCUUUGCCCUCACCACCAUCACGAAUAGAUUGAGGCUGGCAUAUAACGGUCAAGAUGUCGAUUGGAUCGACACAGAAGAAACGUGGUCCAGCUCUGGCAGUGGUUCGGGCGACAGCGAGGACAGCGAAGGCUCCGGUGACGAGACGUUGCCCGAAUCGCCAGAACCGGAACAGCCGCCGAAACAGCCGUUGCAACCGGUUAUUCACGAAAACAACACGCCGUCGCAAGUUAAUAUCAAUAUAGACAAGGGCGCAGGAACGAGCGGCACGAGUAACAACCAAACCGCCACCGUGAACAGCGGCGGUGCCGCCAAGCAGAGGAUGUCGCUCUCUCGGGCGUUGACGACGUACCUGGUGCCGAUAGUAGUGAUGUGGUUUGGUGGUUGCCUCAACGACUUGCUGUGAUCGUGUUGACCUUUCAACUAUGAGCGUAGCGUAGUGUAAAUAUUGACCGAUCGCUAGCUGCGAUCACAAUCGGAAAUUGACGGAGAAAGAAGAGUUAUUCAACGGACUUGGAAUAUACGUUGGGUCGCAUUACGGAGGGGAAUCCCUUACCGUUCCUCGCGAAUUCUCUGGAUUAGAGAAAUCCUGCAGGAGGAGUCGAGACGAGACGAGGACUUCUUCAAACGAAACGUUCUCCAUUUCCGAACCUCGAUUCCAAUACUCGACGAAUCGAUUUGAUUGAUUUUAGCGAGUACCGCGAAGUAUCGUUGAUUAUCUUAGCGUGUACGCAAAUAUUCGUGGCCAUAGCUUUCCGCCGGUUCGUUGCGUGUUACGAACGCAAAAGCGAGAUAAAGAUUUUUUUUGUUAGAGAAAAUCAGAGUCGAGAAGUGGAACAACUCUCGAAAAAUGAGUUAACUAUACCGGCAUUUAGUAGUGAAAUUCGUCAUUUCACCAAAUGCUUUAUACUUUUUGCACAUAUUGUAUACUUUUUCUAUAUUUUACGUAAUUCAAUUUUUACUUUGUGAAGUGAUUUAUCGUUGAAGAAAAUAGAAGCGAUUUUCUUUCCUUUUUUUCCGCCGUUUCUUGCAACACAAACACUGUUUUUUUUUUUUGUGUUGCAAAGGUAUCAUUUGAGACACACAACAAAGACAUACACUUUCUGGAUUAAUCGUAUAUAUAUCGGAUGAAACAUCCUUACUUCCGAUAUAAGAGAGAAGUUUCUAUUUCUCCAAGAUAGACUUCAAAAGGACAGUGAUUGUUUUUAUGCAAAUGUUACGGAUAUAUAUAUAUAAAUAAAUAAAUAUAUAUAAGUGUAACAAUAUUGUUGUGUAGUAAAUUAUACGGAAAUGAUCGUUCAAGGAGAUCUCUUAAAUUGGCGCAAAUUGAAUUCGCGACGACGUGUAUAUACGGUGUCAGCGCGGUGUCAGCAAAAAAAAAAAAAAAAAAAAACAAAAAAAAAAAAAAACUAAUUAAAAAAAAAAAAAUUCUUAACAAUUCGCCUUUAUUUUGCGUCAAUUCAAAAGAACAUUCUCUUAAGGACGUUUUCCGAAUUUUAAAUGUUAAUGUUAUAUCGGACUCAAUGACGAUGAUGAUCGCUGAAAUUUAUUAUCAACCAGUAAAAGAAUAAACGCAUCUAAAUGUGAGACAUGACUUAUUCUAAUUAGAUCGAAUCUUUCCUAACUUUGAACUUUUGAACUUUGAGAGAGAGAGAGAGAGAGAGAGAGAGAGAGAGAGAGAGAGAGAGAGAGAGAGAGAGAGAGAUACGAACUCUCUUGUAAAAAUAUUACUGCCAAUUUUUUCUAAACUACUUUCUAUAUAAUUUGUAACUGAAUGUAUUCCGAAUGUAUUAUUGUAAAGUAUCUCUUCGCUCACAUCUAUUUCGAGUGUUUAGAUGUUUGAUAAGCGCCAAAUCGUGCGGCCAAAGAUGAUCGUCGAUCAAACGACGCAACUGCUUAACGAUUUCGCGUACGUACACAUAUAUCGUGCUGCGUUCCAAUAAUUGUAGGACGAGCAUAAUUAAAAAAUAAAGCAAUGUGUAAAGCCGCCGCGUGCCGAUAAUCACCGGCAAUUUCGCUAAUUCGAAACAAACGUGCGAGAGACACUAAUUGUAUUACCCGAUAUACGUAAGAAAACAAAACCGAUAUUCGUAAAGACGAACGGAGUAUACGAACGAGCGGAAGCGAGAUGAUUGAGUAUUUAUUAAAUGUUUAAACGAUCGCGCGCGCGAUUCGACAAGAUUUCAAACUUGCGAGAUAUAAUGAAUAUGUAGAAAGCAUGAACAAUCAGAAUCCUUGUUUAUUUAUGUCAAUGAAGAAGAAAUGGAUUUCUACACAAAUCACAAUAUCUCAAUAAAAAGCGCAUUAGAGAUUACGGCGCGAUAUUAUAAAUCCAAGACAAGGAUUCAAUUCUCUGACUCACGUUAUGUACAACAAUAUUUCUAAUAAUUAAAUCUUAUUGAAGCUCGACAACAAGUUACUAAACUACGAAAUAUAUUUACGGUCAU